UCCAGGUCCGCAGAGGAGCUAGAGUUCCACUAAAAACUGACAACCAGUCACAAUACAGCCAAACACAGUACAGGUGGCGACACUCUGACGGUAAGAUGGAUUUGAAGCUUUACAUAAGUACAAUGCUGAUUUGUUUCUGGAUGUGGCAAGAUCUUGCUUAUUCAGAUGGUAGUGAGUGUUUAAGAGCCAAAGCACUGACUUGUGGACAAUGUAUACAAAGUGGAAAAAAUUGUGGAUGGUGCACAAAAGAUGAUUUCUUGCAGCCAGGAGAGUUGACAACGGCACGCUGUGAUGAUAUAGAAGCACUGAAAAGGAGAGGAUGUACGAUGGAAUAUAUUGAAAAUCCCAAAGGUUCAUUGAGAGUAAAUACCAAUAAAAGCCUAACUGGCCAUGUAAAUAGUGUGAAGAAGCUGGAAGACAUCACACAAAUUCGACCACAGAGUCUAAUCCUAAAAUUACGAUCAGGAGAACCACAAACCUUCUCAUUGCAUUUUAAGAGAGCUGAAGAUUAUCCCAUUGACUUAUAUUUUCUUGCGGACCUCUCCCUUUCUUCGGAGAAUGAUUUGGAAAACAUGAAGACAUUGGGAAUUAAACUGAAGAAAGAAAUAAGGAAGAUAACUUCUGAUCUCAGAAUUGGGUUUGGCACAAUAGUGAAAACUCCUUGCCCAGCUGGUACAACAUGUACAGGUCAAUCCAGCUUCAAAAACAUUCUGCCAUUAACUAACAAUAGGGCAGAGUACAGCAAACUUGUUCGGAGCCAGACCAUUGCAGCAGGUCAGAAAUCUUCAGCUGGGGGUGUUGAUGCAAUCAUGCAGGUUGCUGUCUGUGGGGAUAAUAUUAGUUGGCGAACUGCCACUCGACUACUUGUCUUCUAUAGUAAUGAAGAACUUCACUUUGCUGGGAAUAAGAAACAUGGCAGACUGUUGCCAAGUGCUAGGAACUGUCACCUUGACACUCAUGGUGUCUACGUAAUCAGUCGCCAUCAGAAUUAUCCAUCCAUUGCUCAAUUGGCACAGAAACUUAAUGACAAUAAGAUACAGCUUCUCUUUGCUGUUAAGGAAGAACUUAAAGAUGCUUACAAGGCACUCCAAGUUCACAUUCCAAAGUCUGAAGUUGGAAAUCAAACGGCAAUCGAGUUAAUCAAAGCCUAUCAUGUCUUGUCAUCUAAGAUUAUCCUGGAUAACAGCAAAUUACCUAAAGGAGUUUCGAUACGUUAUACAGCCUACUGCAAGAAUAAUAUCAUUCAAACAGGACAAUAUGGGAGAAAGUGUUCUGGUAUUGAAGUUGGUGAAGAGGUGAGAUUCACCGUAAGUAUUAUAACAGAAAAGUGCCCAAACGAUGGGCAGCCAACCACUAUUGAAAUUAAACCACUGGGAUUUAAAGAGAAUGUUGAAAUUAAACUGCAGUUCCAGUGUGAAUGUGAAUGCCAAAUACAUGGAAUCGCUAAUAGUCCUGAAUGUAACCAGGGCAAUGGAAUACUUGAGUGUGGUGCCUGUAGAUGUAAUAAAGGUUAUAUUGGACGAUUUUGUGAAUGCAGCAUUGAUGAAGUAUUGAGCGAGGACUUUGAUGUUUCAUGUAGAAAAGAUAAUACAUCUAUAAUCUGCAGUGGCAAAGGAGAUUGUAUCUGUGGAGCAUGUGUCUGCAGAAAGAGAGACAAUCCUCAUGAAUCUGUCUUCGGCCAAUAUUGUGAAUGUGAUAAUUUCAGUUGUGAUCGGUCUGGUGGUUUGAUUUGUGGAGGACAUGGCAUUUGUAUAUGUGGAACAUGUCAAUGCUUUCCCAGUUUCACAGGCAGUGCCUGUGAUUGUUCAUUGAACACAUCAUCAUGUGUUUCAGCCAAUGGAAUGAUAUGCAAUGGCAGAGGAAUUUGUGAAUGUGGUCGAUGCAAAUGCACAGACUCCAAGUAUGGAGGGCCAGCCUGUGAAGUUUGUCCAACCUGUGAAGGUGUCUGUAUUAUUCAUAAGCAUUGCGUUCAAUGUAAAGCCUUUAACCAUGGACCAAAGAAAGACAGCUGUGAUCAGUGUGGGUUUGAGGUAACCAUGGUGGAAGACAUGAAUCAGUUGUUAGAACAGCACUGUGCAUUUAUGGAUGUGGACAACAGAUGGUUCUACUUUUCAUAUGUCAUUAACGACCAGAAUGUUCCAGUGGUACAUGUAUUAAAACCAUAGGUGAGAAUGACAAUGUGAAUGUUACGGCAUGAAUUUGCUUCAAGUUCAACUAUUGUGAUUCCAUGGAGAUCCAGCAGUCAAGUGGGAAAUGGGAAACAUGAGGGUGGAAUGUUGAUUUGGAGUCCUUAAUCAGUUUAGAUAAAUACUGCUAUUUGUCAAAAAAGAUAAAAGAUUACUUAGCUAAAUAUUCUUUUAAAAUUUUGUAAUAUAUUUUAACAAGUAACUUUUGGUUUACUAUUAAGUGAUUGUGCACAGGUUUUUUUUACAAUGGAGUCUCACACGCAAUAGAACUUAAAACAGUACCGUACAGGAACAGGCCCUUUAAUGAUGAAAUGUCUCGGCCUGUAACGUUGUCUAUACUCUUUUCCAUAGAUGCUGCCUGGCCUGCUGAGUUCCUCCAGCAUUUUGUGUGUGUUGCUUGGAUUUCCAGCAUCUGCAGAUUUUCUCUUGUUUGUGACAGGCCCUUUAGCCCACAAUGUUGUGCAGAACCAACCUAAUUAGUAAUCAAAUAGCCAACUAAACUAAUCCCUUCUGCCUACGCAAUGUCCAUUUUCCUCACAUUCAUGUGGCUAUCUAAACAUCUCUUAAAAAUCUCUAAUGUAACUGUUUCUACCACUACCCCAGACAGCACAUUCCAGGCACCAACCACCCUCUGUGUAAAACAACUUACCCUUCACGACUCCAUUAAACUUAAACCCUUUCACUUCCAAUGCACGUUCUCUUGUGUGAGACAUUUCGACCCUGGGAAAAAGAUACUAUCUGUCUACUCUAUCUAUGCCUCUCAUAUAACCUUAUAAAACCUCUGUCAGAUCUCCCCUCAGCCUCUGCCCCUCCAGAGAAAACAACCCAAGUUUGUCCAUCCUCUCAUUAUAGCACAUGCCCUCUAAUCCAGGCAGCCUCUCCAAAGCCUUGAUGUCCUUUGUGUAAUGGGGUGACCAGAAUUGUAUGCAAUACUCCAGAUGCGGCCUAACUAGUGUUUUAUAAAUAUGUAGCAUAACUUACUGACUUUUGAACCCAAUGCCUCAACUAAUAAAGGCAAGCAUGACACAUACCUUCUUAACCAGCCUAUCAACCUGUGUAACCAUAUGCAAAGUUUAACUUAAGGGUACUGUUAAUUUGCAUAUAUCUCACGUUACAUCGGAUGCUACAAUUUAAAACUCUCCGCACACACUAUCUCCAAAAGAAGAAAAGCUAUUUCUGUUGGGCUAGGCUUGUAAAAUCAAGAUGAUGCAUAAAUGAAUGAGGAUCAGAUUCACCAAUAGGAACAAAUAGAUUAGACUUUCUUGGCAGGGUUAUCAUUGAUUGUAAGUUGUGGUUAGUUUUGACGGAAUUACAUGUUUUUGACUUGUUAUCAGAAUCACAUGUUUUUGGCUUGAAAACAGUCCUAGCCUACCCAGUCUCUCUUUAUAAUUCAAGCCCUCCAGACCUGGCAUCAUCCUUGCAAAUCUUUUCUGCUCCCUUAAUCAUAUACUUCCUAUAGUAUGGUAACCAGACUUGCACUGAGUAUUCCAGUUGUGGCCUCAACAACAUCUUGAACAGUUGUAACAAGACAUCCUAUGUUUGUAUUCAGUGUCCCAUCUGUUGAAUGCAGACAUACUUUAUGCCUUCUUCUCCUUCUUAUCACCUUUGUUACUACUUCAAGGGAACAAUCAGUUUGUACCUCCAGGUCUCUCAGUUAUACAACAGUUGCCAAGAACCUGUCAUUUACUGUGCAUGUCCUGUCAGGCUUCAGCUUCUCAAAAUGCAUCACAGCAGGAGAACUACCGCUGAUCCUUGUGGUACACUGCUGGCUACAAGUUCCAAUCUGGAAAACAACCCUUCACUACCACCAUCUGUCUCCUUCUACUAAGCCAAUUGGCUUGCUCACCCUGGAUCCCAUGUGAUCUAAUUUUCCAGAUGAGCCUUCUGCAUGGAAACUUGUCAAAAACUUUCUUAAUAUCCAUGUAGACGAUAUCUACCGCCCUGCCCUUGUCAGUCCUCUUGGUAACAUCUUGAAAAACUUUAAGUUUGUGAGACACAAUUUCCUAUGCGCAAAACCAUGCCGACUAUGCCUAAUUAGUCCUUGCCUUUCCAAAUGCAAUUGGAUUCUGUCUCUCUGAAUCUCCUCUAGUAAUUUUUGCACUAUUGUUGUUAAGCUCACGGGUCUGUAGUUCCUUGGCUUGUCCUUGCAGCCCUUCUUAAAGUAAGGCACAACUUUAUUUACCUUCUUGUCUUCUAAUACCUCACCUGUAGCAUAGGAAAAUACAAAAAUCUCUGCCAGGGUUCCAGCAAUUUCUUUCUUAACUUCCCACAGUAUGCUACGACCCACUGGCUCAGGGCCCAGGGAUUUAUCCCCCUUUAUACACGUUUAGAUCAUCAACACCUAUGAUAUCAAUAUAUUUCAGGACUUCAUUGUUUUUAUCCCCCUGAAUUCCUUCCUUCUGCAGAAAUGAAUCUGUGCUAUAGCAGAGUUUAGAGAUUUCCCUCAAGCAAGUUAAAUAAAGGGGAAAACAGUGAAUGUGGUAAAUAUUAAUUUUUCAGAAGGCAAUCAAUAGGGUUUCAAUCAAGACGCGGUUACAGAAGGAGACAUAAAUAUGCACUUAUUAUGCACAUUGCAUACCUUCUGAGGCUAUCCCUUGGGCAUGAUUUUUAAUUCUACUCCAGCCUUGUGGGUUCUGAUGCAGCUAGUGAGGCAUAACGGAUCUUCCACAGAAUGGGCAAAUAGUGGUUGGAAGAUGGGCAUUUAAGAGGUGGUGUUCACUUUCCGCUGUUUAGGCAAAUACAUAGACUAGAAGUUUACAAUAUCAUGCUGAAUGUGGUCAUAGCCCAGACGUUCCCAGGAGCCAAUUAGGCUGUUGUGCUUCUUCAAGGUAGCUUUGUACCCAUCCUCGUAUAUUUUCCUUAUGCUUGAUGAUCUCUUCCAUUGACAUCGUCUGUUCUGCAAGUCUAAUACGGGCAUAUGAAUGUUGUGCUUUGCCCGAUGUCACUGAUGGAGAGUGACUAGGCCUUGAUAUUGGGGAUGUUGAGAUUUGUUCUGUAUUUCCAUUGAGAGAUGAUUGUUAGCAUAACACCAUGAUUGCUUCAGAGAGCCGGGUUCAGUUCUGAUGCUGUCUGUACAUUCUCCCUGUGACCGCAUGGUCUCCCCCAGAUACUCCAGUUUCCUAUCUCAUUUCAAGAUGUAUGAGUUGGUCAAUGGGCUCAUUGGGCCUGAGGGCCUGUUGCUGUGCAGUAUCUUUAAAUAAACAAACAAAUAUACUCUGUAUUCAACAUGGGCAGCAGUUUCCAUUAACAUCAGUGCCAAUAUUGGGUGAAACAUUUCUUAAUAGGAAGGGAAUAAGAGCUUUCCUCUGAGGAAUACAAAUCUCUUUUUAUCCUUGUUGUUUGUCUUAAAUAACAUUAUAUUCAGCAAAGGUUUUCUUUAAUCUACUUGCAGUGGACAGUGUUUUCUUUUUUCAGUGUCUGUGUUGUUACAUUGGACACAUUCUUAUGAAGUCUCAGAGCUGCUUUGAAAAGAUGUCCUUUGACAUUCAGUGUUAAGCUACUGUCAGUACUUAUCUGCUGUUCCCUCAGAUUGUUCUGCAUAUUUGCUCUUCAAAGCAUCUGGAACAAAUCCAUCUCCCCACCUGUUCAGGGCUCCCAUCAUACACGGGGCGUUAAUGAGGUUUUAAAUGAGCUGACUUCAUGAGGUAUAACAAGGUCAGCAAUACAAGCCUUCAUCUGCUGGAUGUGCCAACUCUGGAAUGCCAUUAGUAAUCCAAUACAAGAGAUUAGUUAGAAACAAAUUGGCCCACACUUAUUUAUAGUACAUUCAGACACUAUGUAAAAUUAUUGUACUAAGUUAUGUGAUUUGAUUAUAAAGAUAAUGAAAUCUAACUCUUUUUAAUUUGAACAAGGUACAGUUAACUGGAUAAUCUGGGCAGUUAGGUUGAAGUUCUGGUCUCCUUGCUCCAUCAGAUUCAGGGCACUGAGCAGUCAAGAAUCCUCUUUCUGAUUGCUCGACACAAGCAAAUCCCAUUUAUCACUGACUUGAGCUGGCUUGGCAAUAGCAACACCCAUCAUGGUGUGCACCAGAGCACUGCCCUGCCACACUAACAGGAGGACCCUACAGUUUAAGAAUUGAGAAAGAUGAACAAAUAUUUGUUUGUUGCUUCAUUAGAGAUGAGUAUGUAGGACUUUGAAGUUAUAGUAUGGAUCAAUAAACUGACUCAUGGAUUGAAUUUGUAACCUUGUACAUUAAUGGGAGUUGCACUCAACAGCAGUAUGGACUGGGAAAAAGCAGGAUGGCAAAGUUGUUGCCCUGUGUCAAAUCAGCAAUUCCUUUGAACACUGUUUCCCCAUGGGAGAACAGGAUGCAAUAAUCAAAUCUUCAGCUCAGGGAAGGGGUGGUUGAGGAAGACCUUUCCUGUGGCACUCAGCAGGAUGACCCUUCAAUAGUUAUCAUUGUUGGACUAGUCAUGUCACUUAAAGAUUAUCACAAUUAUGGCUCUUCUGAGGUCCCAGAGUACAAAAGCAAGGCAUUCCAUUAUGUCUAUGGCAAUCAUCAACAACAGACAGACAGACAUACUUUGUUGAUCCCGAGGGAAAUUGGGUUUCAUUUCAGCUGCACCAACCAAGAAUAGUGAAGAAAUAUAGCAAUAUAAAACCAUAAGUAAUUAAAUAAUAAUAAGUUAAUCAUACCAAGUGGAAGUAAGUCCAGGACCAGCCUAUUGGCUCAGGGUGUCUGACACUCUGAGGAAGGAGUUGUAAAGUUUGAUGGCCACAGGCAGGAAUGACUUCCUAUGACGCUCAGUGUUGCAUCUCAGUGGAAUGAGUCUCUGGCUGAAUGUACUCCUGUGCUUAACCAUUACAUUAUGGAGUGGAUGGGAGACAUUGUCCAAGAUGGCAUGCAACUUGGACAGCAUCCUCUUUUCAGUCACCACCAUCAGAGAGUCCAGUUCCACCCCCACAACAUCACUGGCCUUAUGAAUGAGUUUGUUGAUUCUGUUGGUGUCUGCUACCCUCAGCCUGCUGCCCCAGCACACAACAGCAAACAUGAUAGCACUGGCCACCACAGCCUCAUAGAACAUCCUCAGCAUUGUCCGGCAGAUGUUAAAGGACCUCAGUCUCCUCAGGAAAUAGAGACGGCUCUGACCCUUCUUGUAGACAGCGUCAGUGUUCUUUGACCAGUCCAGUUUAUUGUCAACCUCUCCAAACUAAUUCCAUUUACAACACUUAGUACUUUCACCGGCAAUUCAAGUGCUUAUUCAGAUGCUUCUUAAAUGGUGUGAGACUAAACCCGCCACCAAUUUUCUGAUAGUGCAUUCCAGAUCUUGAUUACCCUUUGGGUGAAAAAUAUUCUUCCUCAGAUUCCCUCUAAACCUCCACUCCACACCUUAAACCUCACUGGACUCAGUUACCUCUGCCAUGAGAAUAGGUUUCUUAUCAGCUACCCUAUCUCUGUCACCCAUAAUUUUGCAUCCCUUCAUAUAUUCUCAUUUUCAGAGACAAUGCAGAUGAUUUGUGACAGUGUGUCUUAAAUUCCUCUCUGUCAAGUUUAGAAUUUUAGUAGGAAUAGCUCCUGUUUAUAAGGCCUGGUUAACUUCUUAUUGAUGGCCAGGUUGAACCAGUUUUCUCUGGAAUGUAACCUAGGACACUUAUCAAGGACAGAGUCAGGAUUGAAUAGUUUUUUUCUUCAAAAUACUCCUCUUAUUGAGUGCUGACUGUCUUUCUCUUCCUGAUAAAUUCAUCUCUGUUCCCUCAUCUCAUUUGAAUAGGUCUAUGGGUGUUUGGGCCAUGAAUAGCCGUGACAGCACUAAAGAAUCCAACAAAUGAUGGUUAUCAGUGAAUUUCUGGACCUCUUGUGCUUCACACACUCACCAUCUGUUCAUUGGUUGCUGAUUUCCUGUUGGACCACUGCCUCCACUUUCCUUUGGAGCUAUUUCUUUUCCCUUGAAGCAUUCAAUCCAAGAAUGUCAUGUGUUUGCCCUAAUUAGCUCCUGGAUCUUGUAUUCAUUCUCAUCAAGCCAGCUGUGAUUUUAAACAACAGAUCCACGAUGGACCCUUUCUCAGAGGACAUUGUUGUCAAGUAAGGCUGCAUCAUUGCCUCAGUAGCUUUCUCAGUCUUGCCUACCUCAGUGUUGCGCACAUCCCUGGCCAGUUCCUGCUGGAGGGCAACUAAUCUAAAGGACAAGCGGGAAGCUGUUUAAACUACAUCGCUUCCACUUCAAAACCAAGGUCACCUCUACUUCAGCAUGUUGAGAGCACUUGCAUUUGGAGGCUGGAACUACACGUCAUUGUGAACUCCUUCACUAAAACGCUUGAGGGAUUGGUUUUAACACUUAACAGCAGCACACUAUCUGGCAGCCAGAGCCCCUUUAUAUAGCAGUGCCCUCUGUUGAAGUGUCUGCAAUGAGACUCUACAAACUGUGGCCUGCUUCUAUUUCUCAGGGGCUAUCUCUCAAUAAAGGUGGACAUCACAGAUGAAAUACUUCGUCACCAGUGUUCCAACAUAUCUUUUGGCUGGCUGAGGGAAAGGGUGUUUGAUCAUCCAAGAUCUCAAGUGCAGAACAAAUCCCAUGGUCUUCCAGGUAGUGGUUCUCACUGCCUUCCAGGCUGCUUCUAAGACUUGGACCACCAGCAGCGAGCACCGCAAGCUGCUGACAGGAUACCACCAGUACAAUCUCUGAGGAAUCUACCAGAAUCUCAGAAAAGAUCAUUGAAACCACGUCAGCAUUCUCUCACACAUCAAUGUCCCUAGCAUUGAAGCCCUAAUUACACUUACUCAUCUCCAAAAGGAAGGCCAUCUAAUUAUCAUGCCCGGCACCAGCCUCUGAGAACAUGCACCCUAUUCCAAUCUCUAUUGUAGCACAAAAUUACCAAAAGUUCAGGGGAAACUAUUCAAGGAUGCAAUCAAAGCCUCCUUGAAAAAGUGCAAAAAUCCCCACUCUCUUUUGUGAAGUGGAAGCUCAUGAAAGUAUGAUUUUGGGAAGUCCAAGUCCAUUUACAGGGAUUAUGAAGAAGCCUAAUGUAACCAAUGAAAGGAUUUCUCCAUCUUCCAAGUUACCCAUGCCCUCACUCACUCUUGCCCUAUGUGUGGCCAGGUCUGUGGGUCUCUUGUUAGUCUCAUCAGCCAUUUCAGAAACCAUAAAACUGUUGGAAGUAAGUCACCCUCAAUCCUAAAGGAUUACUUACAAAGAGGAUUACCUGCCAGCUAAACCUUAAAGACUUAGGAGCAGAAUUUGCCAUUCAGCGCAUCAUGUCACUCCGUAAUUCCAUUAUGGCUGAUUUAUUAUCCAUCACAACCCAAUUCUCCUGUCUCCUCCCUGUGAUCUUUAAUGCCUUUACUAAUCAAGAACCUAACAAGCUGUGCUUUAGAUAUACACAAUGACAUGGCCUCAGUGACGUAUGUAUAUCUCAAUGACUUAUCAAAGUUAUUAGUAUGGUUUUAGUUUUAAUGACAAAAUAAGUUGUUAGAGUGCCUGUCUGAGCAAAUCUGUAGCAUGCUGGUAUAAUAUGUUGAUUUGAUAGUUUGAUUUGGUCUGUUUUAUGCAGGUACAAAAUUCACUGUGCUGCUUAAAAGAAAAAAUUGUGUUAGUGUUCCAAGUAUUUGAAAAGUCAUGAUUACCACUUUUACAGUUAAAUCAACAAAGGGGAUGCAACAGUAUCAAGAUAAACCUAAAGCAAAUGUUGAUCAGACUGAUAGAGAACUAUUAUUGUAUCACGGAAUGCCUGCAGCACAGACGGACACAAUUUGGUCUGUGAAAUCCAUUCUAGCUCUCCAUAAGAACAGUUUAGUGAAUGCAACUCCCCUUUUCCCCUCUUUUAAAAAAACCAUAAUUAUCAAGGAUCAAGAAUUUACUUUAUUUGCCAUCAACACUUACGUGUAUUAGGAAUUUGCUGUGGUCUGUUAAAUAGAAUUGAAUCUGCCUAUAUUAUAAUACUUGGCAGUGGAUUCCAGACCUUAACCACUCACUGUGUAAAUAUUUACUAUAUAAAUAGGCAGAGCUAACAAAAGAAAUUAAUAAUCCAUUUAAACAAGAUGCUCAGAAAUCCAGGCAUGUGGUGCUGCUUUCCUUCCAUUACUCUGCUUCUGAAUAUCAGUUUGUUUUUCUUGAGUGGAACAUGAUUUCAACCAUUGUAAACCAACAGGGUUUCAGCCCACAGCUGUUGGCCCACUCUUGGUUAUGGAUGUUAUUGAGGGCUGCAGCCAGCACUGAAUAACACCUAAGGCCUUGGGUACAACUGGAAGUUGCAAAGGCUAGUCCACAACUGAGACAGUCAUUCACAUUCUGUACACAUAAACUUCUUGGCCAAGAGUGACCAGAAAAGUUUGGUGUUAUGAGAACUGAAUGGAUCAGAGGUGAGCAAUAGAGUUGUUAAGUGAAUACUUUGCCACAAGUUUGAUAUCACAAUUGAAUUGAAUUGAAUUGACUUUAUUUCUUACAUCCUUCACAUAAAUGAGUAAAAAUCUUACGUUACGUCUCCAUCUGAAUGUGCAAUGUGCAAUUCAUAGUAAUUUGCAAUAAAUAGUAUGUACAACAGGACGAUCAAUAUAGAAAGAAAUACAAUUGUGUCAGCGUGAAUUAAUCAGUCUGAUGGCCUGGUGGAAGAAGCUGUCCUGGAGCCUUUUGGUCCUGGUAAGGACAAUUCUGAUAAGGACAAAGUACUAAAAUUCUGCUUGGAGAAUUAGUCUUAAAUUUGUAAUUUUAAAAAAAUAACAAAACUUAUUUUAUUUAUAAUUUUUAAAAAUUACAAGAGUAAACCAUACAAUGCCUUUUCAUUCUUACGUUCAUAGUCAAUGUAUUGUGUUCUUUUACAUUCCUUAAAACCAAUAGGACUGUGGCUACACCUGUAGCCCCCUAGGUUGGUACACUACUACAAUAAUUGAGGGGUUUCCUCACUCAUCCCGCUCCCUCACUGUCCAGUAGUGGACAAACCCUGUAUUGAGGUCCUUCCCCACCGAUACAAGCCAACUACACAAGGAACAGAAAGAUUUUGCAGAAGUGAGACAAGCAAAUGGAAACACUUCCUCUUUUUCAAUGAAGCGGCAGAAUGGCACUGCAGUCCUGCAGCUCCAGUGACCCAGCUCCAUCUGGUUCUGUCUGUGUGGCUUUCCUCCAAGUGCUGUGGUUUCCUGCCACAUUCCACAGGCAUGGGGGUGGGGUUGCUAACAUGAUAAUUGGUAAUUGUAACUUACCCCGUGUGUGUAGGGGACCGGUAGAGUCUGAGGAGAGCUGGUGCAAAUGUGGACGAGGACAGAACAUGAUUAGUGUAGGGUCAGUGCACAUGGCUGAAAGUUAAUGCACUCCCCAGGGCUGCCUGCUUAGCCCACUACUGUUCACAGUGCUGUCAUUUGGCUGUGUUGCAGGAUUCAGCUCAAACCAUGUCGUCAAGUUUGUGGAUGACACAAUAGUGGCUGGCCACAUCAACAACAAAGAUGAGUCAGAAUACAGAGAGGAAAUGGAGCAGCUGGUGGUCUGGUCUAAGAACAACAAUCUAAGCCUUAAUCUGGAGCAGUCUCCCUUAAAUAUACCUGAUGCCUCGGCCUCCACAGCUGCCCUGUGGCAUAAAAGUUCCAUAGAUUCACCUCCCUCUGGCUAAAGAAAUUCCUCCUGCUCUCCAUUCUAAAAGGUCACUCCUCUAUUCUGAAGCUGUGCACUCUGGUCUUAGACUCCCCCAACAUAGGAAGCAUCCUCUCCACAUCCACUCUAUCAAGGCCUUUCACUAUUUGAUAGCUUUCAAUGAAGUCACCCAUCAUUCUUCUGAAUGCCAGUGAAUACAGGCCCAGAGCCAUCAAACGCUCUUCAUAUGAAAAGCCUUUCAAUCUCAGAAUCAUUUUUGUGAACAUCCUUUCUUAGAUAAGGGGGCCAAAACCACUCAUAAUUCUCUAAGUGAGGCCUCACCAGUGCUUUACAAAGUCUCAACAUUACAUCCUUGCUUUUAUAUUCUAGUUCUCUUGAAAUGAAUGCAAACAUUGCAUUUGCCUUCCUCACCACAGACUCAACCUGUAAAUUAACAUUUAGGAAAUCCUACACAAGGUCUCCCAAGUCCCUUUGCCCCUCAGUUUUUUAAUAUUCACUCCAUUUGGAAAAUAAUCUACCCUUUUAUUUCUUCUACCAAAGUGUAUUCCAUCUGCUACUUCUUUGCCUAUUCUCCUAAUCUAAGUCCUUCUGAAGACUCUCUACUUCCUCAAAACUACCUACCCCUCCACCUAUCUUUGUUUCAUCUGUAAACUUGACCACAAUUUUCUCAUCCAAGUAGUUGACAUUUAGCAGUCCCAACACAAACUCCUAUGGAAUGCCACUCAUCCUGGUAGCCAACAAAGAAGGCUCCCUUCAUUUCCACGCUUUGCCAUGCUAGUACCUUUCCUGUAAUACCUUGGGCUCUUAACUCAUGUAUAGCUCCUUGUCAAAGGCUUCCUGAAAAUGCAAGUACACAUCAUCCACUGAUCCUCCUUUGUCUAUCCUGCUUCUUAUUUCUUCAAAGAAUUCCAACAGGUUUGUCAGGCAAGAUUUUCCCUUGAGGAAACCAUGCCAACUACAGCCUAUUUUAAUCAUGUACCUCUAAGUAUACUGAAACCACAUCCUUAACAAUCGACUCCAACAUUUUCCCAACCACUGAGGUCUAUAAUUUCCUUUCUUCUGCCUCUCUCCCUUCUUGAAGUGUGGAAUGACAUUUACAAUUUUCCAUUCCUCCGGAAUCAUGCCAGUAUCAAUUAAUUCUUGGAAGAUCAUUUUAACAAUCUUUUUAGCCACCUCUUUCAGAACCCUGGGGUGUAUACUGCCUGGUCCAGGUGACUUAACUACCUUCAGACCUUUCAGUUUCCAAAAACCUUCUCCCUAUUAGUAGCAACUUCACACACAUCUAACCUUGACACUCUCAAUCUUCUGGCAUACUGCUAGUCUCUCCACAGUGAAGACUGAUGCAAAAUACUCAUUCAUUUCACCCACCAUUUCCUUGCCCCCAUUACUACCUCUUAAGCUUCUUCUCCGGUUUCACUGUGCGUUCUAUCAUAUUGUGAUCAUGCACCUAAGGGUUCCUUUACCUUAAGCUCCCUAAUCACCUUUUGUUCAUUGCACAAAACCCAAUCCAGAAUAGCUGAUCCCCUAGAGGACUCAACCAUCAGCUGCUUUAAAAAGCCAUUUCAUAGACAGUGUAGAAACUCCCCCUCUUGGGUUCAAGCACCAACCUGAUUUUCCCAAUCUGCCUGCAUAUUAAAAUUCCCCAUGACUAUGGUAACAUUGUUCUUUUAUAAUAGAAAUAGACAAUAGGUGAAGGAGUAGGCCAUUCGGCCCUUCAAGCCAGCACCACCAUUCACUGCGAUCAUGGCUGAUCAUCCACAAUCAGUACCCCAUUCCUGCCUUCUCCCCAUAUCCCUUGACUCUGCUAACUUUAAGAGCUCUAUCUAACUCUUUCUUGAAAGCAUCCAGAGAAUUGGCCUCCACUGCCUUCUGAGGCAAAGCAUUCCACAGAUCCACAACUCUCUGGGUGAAAAAGUUUUUCCUCAACUCCAUUCUAAAUGGCUACCCUUUAUUCUUAAACUGUAUCCUCUGAUUCUGGACUCCCCCAGCAUCGUGAACAUGUUUCCUGCCUCUAGCAUAUCCAAUCCCUUAAUAAUCAUAUUUGUUUCAAUCAGAUCCCCUCUCAUCCUUCUAAAUUCCAGUGUAUACAAGCCCAGUCGCUCCAAUCUUUCAACAUAUGACAGUCCCUGCAUCCCAGGAAUUAACCUUGUGAACUUACGCUGCACUCCCUCAAUAGCAAGAAUGUCCUUCCUCAAAUUUGGAGACCAAAACUGAACACAAUACUCCAAGUGUGGUCUCACCAGGGCCCUGUACAACUGCAAAAGGACCUCUUUACUCCUGUACUCAACUCCCCUUGUUACGAAGGCCAACAUGCCAUUAGCUUUCUUCACUGCCUGCUGUACCUGCAUGCUUGCUUUCAUUGACUGAUGACCAAGGACACCUAGAUCUCGUUGUACUUCCCCUUUUCCUGACUUGACACCAUUCAGAUAGUAAUCUGCCUUCCUGUUCUUCCAGUGUCCAUUUUCAUCGUUACAUCCUCAAAAAAUUUUUGGCAUGCAUCUUCUAUUUUCCAUUGUCAUUUGUGGAGCACAUCCUUCCUACUCUUUGGGGGUCUGAAUAUAACUCCCAUCAGGGUUUUUUUUUACCCUUACAGUUCCCUAACUCUACCCAGAAUGAUUCAACACCUUCUGACCCCUUUUUCUAAUGAUUUGAUUUCACUUUUUACCAACCGAGCCAUGCCACCCCCUCUUUCUACCUGCCUGUCUUUCGAUACAAUGGUCCCAGCUAUGAUCUUCCUUCAGCCAUGAUUCAGUGAUGCCCACAACGUCAUCAUGUCAAUUUGUAACUGUGCUACAAGUUCAUCUACCUUAUUCUGUAUACUGCGUGCAUUCAAAUGUAACACCUUCAGUUUUGUAUUCACACUUUUCAAUUUUGUCCAAUUUUACAUUGCAACUUAUCCCAUUGACUGCAAUUUUGCCCUAUCAUCAGCCUCUCCUUUCUAGCAGCCUCACUGCCUGUGUCCGCAAACCAACUGCCCCAUCCUCAGCCCUCUCACUCUGUUUCUGAUCUCCCUGCCAAAUUAGUUCAAACCCUCUUGAACAACUCUAGCAAACUUGCCUGCAAGGAUGUUGGUUGCCCUCAGGUUUAGAUGUAACCUGGCCCUUCUGUACAGGUUGUACCCUUCCAAGAAGAGUUUCCAAUGAUCCAUAGAUCUUUAGCCCUGCCCCAUGCACCAGUUCCUCAGCCACACAUUCACCUGCUAAAUCAUCUUAUUCUUACCCCCUCUGGCUUUUGGUACAGGCAGCAGUCCAAAGGUUACUACCCUGGAGGUUCUGUUUCUCAGCUUUCUACCUAGCUGUCUAAAGCCUCUCUUCAGGACCUCCUCACCUUUUCUACCUAUGACAUUGGUGCCAAUAUAUACCAAGAGUUCUGGCUGCUCACCCUUUCCCCAUAGAAUGCCACGGACUCGAUCUGAGACACUCCUGACCCUGGCACCUGGAAAGCAACAUACCAUCUAGGUCAGGGGUGUCAAACUCAGUUUAGGUCACGGGCCGGAUUGGGCAAAAUGCAGCUUCACGCGGGCCGGAUCAGUCGGGCGCGUGCGAACGCAGCUUUCUUUGCCUCCGUUUUUUCAGCCUGUUCUCAUGUGUCUCAGUCUCUGCUAUAACUACAAAGUGUUUCACUUCACAAAUUCCGUUUCUUAUGAAGAAGACUGCUGAGCGAGCAUUAUUUUUAUGAUUGGUAUUAACUUACAAUCAUAGGCUUCAUAUCGCCGGGCCAUUAAUAAUUAAAAUAUUAGAUCUAUCUAAAAUGACCUCGCGGGCCGGAUAUAAUUGUACGCUGGGCCGGAUAUGGCCCACGGGCCUUGAGUUUGACACCUAUGAUCUAGGUGUUUGUACUGCAUCCGCUGAACCUUGUCUCUUUUCCUCUGACUGUGGAAUCUCCUAUCUGCAGUCCUCUUCACCUUUCUUCUCUGCAGAGCCACAGCACCACAGUCAGUGCCAGAGACCUGGUCACUGUGCCCCCCCCCCUUGCAGGAUGUCCCUCUCAAUAGUAUCUGAAGUUAUAUUAUUGAAAGGAACGGCCAGAGGUGUACUCUGCACUGGCUGUACAUUUCCCCUCCUCCUUCCAUUCACCCUGAUGACAUUCACCUGUCUCCUGCAACCUGCAUCCCUGUAGCUCCUAUCUAUCACCUCCUCAUUCUCCUGCAUGUCGAAGGUUAUCAAGCUGCAACUCCAGUCCCUUAAUACAUUUUCUCAGAAGCUGCAGCUUGGUGUCCCAGAAUUCCCACAUCUCAAACAUUGCCCCUGGAGCCAUUCUCUCCACACUUCUAUGUUCUAGCAGAUGAGGAAUGAAGAAUUCAAAACAGAAAGAGCAACUUUACCUCGCCCAAGCCUGCUGAGCCAAAGCCUCUCGAAACAUUGAUGGUGUUUCUGCUUGCACUUGCAUUAUUUUUAUUUUCCCUUUCUAAUGAAUCCCCCACUCGGUGACUGGUUGCAGUCCAACUCCUUAAAACUGAUGCAAAGCUCUUUCUUUUUAAUCUUGAGUGUGGUCUUAAUUGAAAAGGUAGCUCUCUUCACAUGCUCCCGCUUGGUGAUUGGUCACAGUCCAACUCAGGAAUUGGGGAAGGAAGGUUGAAAAUGGAGCUGUAAAGGUGCAAGGAUGGAAGGGUCAAGAGCAUACUGUAUUUUAUCCUGAGUAGCUGGUGAAGGUGGCGGAUUUGAAGAAAAGGUCAGCAGCUAGACUUGGGGAACUGGCAACACUGGAAACUCGGUGGUUGUCACUUUGAUGUUGAGUUAUUUGAGGAUUGAAGGUGUGCCUCAUAAACCUGUAAAUGAAAUAAAGAGUUCAGUGAUUACAAAUAAUUCUCCCUGUAUUUAAUUUUCACAUUUCUCUGGAGCAAUAUUGCCACAGGGCUAUUUUUCCAAUGGUCAGAGCUCCCUCACAGGAGCACCUGUUCAAGAGAAUGAAACCUUCAACUGGAGGGCUUUUGAGAUUUAAAAAAUACAGCACCAUAGGGAGUACAUUAAAAGAGUAAUAAUUUAGAGAAUGGAAAGCCACAAAAUUGACAUCUGUAAUUACAGUAAGUGUUUCUGAAAGAAAAAUGUGCAAGGUGUAAAGAGAGUCAAAAGUAGAACAGUGCUUCAGUUUAAAUCUGCCUCUGUUGUACUGUGAUUCCCAUAAUGGAGAAAUUUUAGGAGAAGAUUGUGAUGCAUUUCUGUCUGAAAUUAAUACUGAUGAUAUUUAUUAGCAUAUAUUAUAACCCUUUGUCAAAUGGGUCUGCUGUGGUAGAUUUAUAAAAGAAUAUUAUUCAAUAUUAUUUGUAAACUCCAAUACCUCAUUUUGUUUGACGUCUGGGCCACAUGUUAGACUGAAGAUUCGGAUGAUGCAUUAUCUAGUGAUCACACUCAUUUCAACCAGACCAUUUCUUGCUCUUUCUUUGAAUUAUUGAUUUAAUCAAGUGAGCUGAUUGCACAAGUGUAAAGUGAAUAUGUUGUUGAUUUUCCAUACACACUCAUUUGUUCUUUGUGCACAUGAUAAAUGAGUGGAAACAACACAUGGAGAAAUGAUUAUUCUAAUGUCACAUCAUAAACAGACUUGGAACAUGGAAUCAUUCACUGAGUUACAAUCUGAUGUCAAUGCUUGUUUCAACAUUUUCAACUGUUUCACCCUCUACAUGUUAAGGUACUAUUGCUGAUAUGAACACAAUUACAAAUUUAUUACUAUUGUAAUUAUAAGAUGAAUGUAAUUAAUAUCAUACAAAAACCUUAC